AUGAAUAUCUCAAAUUUUUUUUUAAUAUUCCUCCCCCUUGUACUAUUUAAGUAUUCUGCAAAUAAUGAAUUAAUUAAUUAUAAUGUGAUUUUAAAAUAUGAUGUAAAAGAUUUAUUUAACAGAGUAAUGCAGGAACAAAAUGAAGAUAUUGAAGAUGAUAGUGAUGAAGAUGAUGAAUAUCCCAACUAUUUAAAAAGACGAGGAACCAAUGAAUUUGAUAAAGUGAAAUAUAAAUAUGGAGAUUAUGUGCGUUUCUCCAUUUUUAAGAGUAAAAAUAUAUAUACACACCUUUUUAAUGAGCUAUUAGUAUUUUUAGGCUCUCAAUAUGGUACAGAAGAAGAAAUAGUGGUUCAUGUAAAAUUAAUCGAUAUAUUAUCUUUAUUGUUUACCCAUUAUCGGGACAAUUUAAGUAAAUUUAGUCACAUAUUAAAUAGUUUUCAAGAUAGAAGCAAAUUAAUGAAUUCAGUGGAAGGUGAAUUUAUGAAUGAGUUUAUAAAUGAAAGAGAUAAUUAUAUCUAUGAAAUUAAAAAGGCAUACAAUAGUAGCGACAAUAAAGAUGGCGAAUGGAUCGAAACCGUUGUAAAUAAAAAAAAUAUGUUAUAUGAUAAAUUUUUAAAAGAAUGGAAAAACGAUGGAUCUCGCUUUUACAGCAUUCAUAACAAAAAAAAAGCGUAUAUACCAAAAAAAGUUUUUCAAAAUAAACAAAAUUAUAUUCCCGAUUUUGAAAAUAUGGAACAUGUAGAUUUAGUAUGUAAGCCAAUAAGUGAUUCAGAUACUGAUGAAAAUGAUACUAAAGAGCUAAACACAAAUGACCAAAAUGAAAAUUCGGAUAGUUCUAAUAAAACAGACGAAAGUAAUGUAUGCAAAUCCGAAAGUAAAUAUGCUAAAAAAACGAAAAGUAAUAAACAAAUUAAAAAAGGAAAACCUGGAGUUAUCUAUAAAAUGAGAAAUGAUUUUUUUUUAAGUGAUGCUUCAUUAAAUGUAAUAUCUUUAAUUAGUUUCAUAACAUCAAAUGAAGAUAAUAAAGUUGUUAAAAAAUUGUAUACUGGUUUAAAAAAAUUAGGAAUAACAACAUUUGAUAAUCUUGUUAGAUAUACAAAUAUUAUAGGUAUAUUUUUUUCUUAUGAUAUUUUUGAUGAGUUGUAUUUACAAAUUAAAUUAGUUAAAGAAUAUUUUGGGCUUGUCAAUAAAAACGAAGAUGAGCUUUCUAUUGUUUCAAAAGCACAAAAUUUGUCUAAAAUAAAAGUAUAUGGAAAAUAUAAUAUGACUGAUGAUGAAAUGUUUGUCCCACCAAAUUGCUUAAGUGCUUAUUGCAAAUUAAGGUCCGUAUGGAUGCAAAAUCGAGAUUUUAAUUUUGAAAUUGAAAAAGAUGAUUCGAAUUCUAUAAAUUUUAUGAUGUUAGGAGAUAUUGGCCGUGGGAUUAAAAAAGAAAAUACCUAUGAUGAAGAACAAAUGUUAAAAUUGAUAGGUUUUAAUGAGCUAAAAAGUACUUCUAAUGCUAUGAAAGAUUGGCAUAAAACAAACAAUGCUGAUUUUGUAAUUAACUUAGGAGAUAAUGUGCCAGAUUUAGAAGAAUUGGAUUAUUUAAAAAAUUUUGAAUGGCAUAAAAUAAUUAGGGAUUUAUUUACUUUUAAAAAAAAAAGUGAAGAUGAACCAGAAGAUGAUUCAUAUUUAUAUCCAGAUACUAAUGAUAGUAUGUAUGAACUUUCUAAAGAGAUAGAAAAACAAAUGAAUAAUACAAAUCCAGAGAAAACAAAUAAACAAGAUAAUGCAUCUACUACUCCAUUGAAUAAUGGUACUGGCAAAAAUGAAAACAAUAGCAAUUCUGAAAAUAAUAACGGCUUUAGCGAACACAUUAAUGAUAAUACAAAAAAUCAUAAUAUUAAUAAAAAUAAAACUACUAAAAAAGAAGGAGAAAAUGAUUCAAUACCGUUUUUCUCUAUAUUUGGAGAAAAGGAUUAUUUUUAUUUUCCUAGUGAGCAAAUACAAGAACAUUACACAAAAAGAAUUCCAGGUUAUUUUUUCCCAAAUAAUUAUUAUCGUAUUAACUAUGAUUUUGUAUAUAAUAAUAAAGAGAAAAAUGGAGUUCAAGAGAAAUUUAGAGCAUCUUUUAUUUUUAUUGAUACAUGGUCAUUAAUGAUUGGAUUUCCUAUUAUAAGAAAUUAUCGAUCUUUCCGUGAGCAAUAUAAUUGGAUAAAUAAAGUUUUGUUAGAAAGUGCUAAAGAAAGUGAUUGGAUUUUUGUGGUUGGUCAUCAUCCAUUUAUUUCUAGUGGUAGAAGAUCAGAUAAUUAUUCAUUUGAAGAACUUUCAUUUCAUAAUAUCCUAAGAAACUUUUUUUUCUAUUAUAAUAUAGAUGGAUAUUUUAGUUCCCAUGAUAAUUUAAUGGAAUAUAUAAAAUUUGGACCUCUUGAUUUAUUUAUUAAUGGUUCAUCCUCUAGAGUAUUGUUUGAUAAAUCUACUAUGAUGGGUAGAGGAUAUUUUGGAAAAAUGAUUGGGUCAAUUUAUCCUGUUGCUUGCUAUUUAUUGACCACAAUACACUCUGACUUAAGGCCUAAAGGUUGUGAUAUUAGUAAAUAUUCAAAAUGGUCAAAUAAAUUUGAUAUUGGAUUUAGUACUCACAAAUUAAGCAAAGAUGAGUUUGUAACUGAGUUUAUAAAUUCUCGAACAGGAAAUCCAGUUAGCCACAAAAUAGUUAUAAAAAAUAAAAAACAUAAAAGAAGACAUUUUUAUGAUUUAGAUGGAUAUGUAGAAAAUGGAAUUAAACAAUUCGAAAAACAAAUCCACGAAUUUAGUUCUAAUCAUCCUAAUUUUAUUAAAUAUAAAAUUGACGAAUUUAAAGAAAAUGAUAAAAAACUUAAUAUAAUUAUGAACAAUUUAAAAAGUCAAAAAGAAAAAGAUGCUUUUAAAAGCCUUAUGUUUUUAAAUAAUUUAAUUUUUGGUAUUUCAAAUCAUCUUUCUAAUAUUUCAUUCGAGCAAUUAAAAUUAAUGUGCUACCUUGCCAAUAAGUAUCAUACACUUUUUAAUAAAAAACUUAUCACCUUUUUAGUAGAAGAAUUAAAAAACGCAAUACAAAACAUGGGCGAAAAUGCAGUAAAUAAGAUAAUUAAUAAAAAUGAAAAUGUUCAGCCAAAUGAUCAAAAAUCGGAAGGAAUGCAAAUUACGGCAUUGAUAGAAACAUUAGGAUAUAAACCAGACGAAUUCUUGGAAAAAUAUGAUGCAAUGACACAAGAAGAAAAAGAUGCAUUGAAAGAAAAGCUUGGAAAUGAUGUAUCACUCGAUGAUUACAUAAACAGGGUAAAAAUGUAUAGUCAUAAAAAAAAAUUAAGUGCAGAAGAAUUACAAGAAUUUGAAGAAAAUGGAGAAAAUAUUCAAAUUGCAGAAGCCCCAGAUGAAUCAAAAGAAGAUGGUAAUACAGACAGUCAAACUGGGGACAACAUCGAUCAGGAAAAUAAAGACAAAAUAGAUGAUAUUAUAAAUGCACCGAAGGAAGUGCAUAAAAAUAAUAAAGCAUUAGUAGAAAAGGAGAAGAAUUUAAAUGAACAUGAAUAUUCCUUACUAUUGUUAAGUUCUCUUAAAAGUUAUGAUGAAAUGAAAUAUUCCUUAAAUAUUUUGUCAAAAAAAGAAAUUAUUAAAGCUGAUGCUCAUCCAUAUGGUUUAUAUUAUAUAGAAAAACAUAAAACAUUUUUUCAAGUAUCCUUAGAAUUGUGUCCCGACAUUAAAAGAAUAAUAGCAAACUUAGGACAAGUCGGAACGAAACUAGCUUUCUACGAUUAUAUUAAUAAUUUGUAUAAUAAGAUAAUGGAUUUGAAAAAUUCCCUUGAUAAAAUUGCUAUAUUUUAA